CUUAUUCGGUCCUUUAGCUUCCGGUGGGCCAACGUCCGUCCUCCCGUCCCUUCCCUUGCUACUCCCGGUACCACAUAUGAGACCGGGUCUUCAUCUUCUCAGGCUCGACGUAAGCAAGCUCGGAGCUCCACUCCUCCAUAAGGCUCGGGAGAAUCUGCCGGCAUAUCCAUGGGGAUCGCCGGGGACGCACCUCCCACCGGACAGGACACGACACCGGCCUAUUUGCCUUAUCCUUACGCCCGAGAGGCUCAUCUGUUCGCGGGCUACGCAGCUUGGGCCGGAAGGGACUUCCAACAUCGCCUUGGCGAGAUGGAGCGAUUCCGCAAGGAUCACCCUGAUAUGGUCCAAAGUCCUGCUUGGCCUUUUAUGCUAGAGAAAUAUUCUUGCAUGCCCGAGUAUAUCACUACCUCUGCCACUCAGCGUUAUUCCUUUCGUCUCCUGGACCGCAACGCCUCCUUUUCCCGGGAGUUGGGUGAUUUCAGGUCUCGCUACUCUAUCUGCUUCGAGCGUCUAGAGUACGAUCGGGUUCUGUGUGAGAACGGCCGCCUCACAGCAAGGAACAAGAGCUUGUGGAACAAUCGAGUCACGGAUGUGGCAGAGAUGAAAGCGGAUAAGGAGCAGGCGGUUCAGUAGUGUUUUGAGUGUGAGUGGGCCAUUCGAGAGGAGGUCGCUCUCCACCUCCGGCAAGCGGAAGAGGAGCUUGAGCGAAAAUGGCGUGAACAAGUAAGUGAGCCAGCACGGAAUGCAGCGGAGGAGACUUAGCAGAGAUGGCGCCUUCGUUUUGAGGAGGUGGAGCGUCAACUCUCCCGCCAGGUGGAGGAGCUUAACUUAGCUCUUACCGAGGAGAGGGGUUUUGCGCGCAACUCACUUGAAGAGGCCCGUCUUUCACUUGAUACCGAGCGCCUUACUUAUGAGGGGCACAUGGCUCGUAUGGAGGCGGAGCUCAUUUCUGAUUACGGCCGGGGCUUCUACCGUGGCGGGAUGUCCUACCAGAAUGAAUUCUAUGCUGGAAU